ACCAAAGUCAUGGUUUGCUCUAUUUGGUAGGCUUGAAGCAAUAUGGGUGGCAUGUUUAAAUGGAAGUCGCUGUGCUUGACAGCCUUCUUCAACCGGCGUGUGUUCAUUAGUCGGAUUCCGUGUCAAAACGUUUCGCAACGGAAACCUUUCACAGUUUAAUAUAUGAACCAAAUGGAAGCAAACGGAACGGAGAGGGACCAACCUACAUUUGUCCAAUAUAAACUAUAGUUUUCGUUGCAAAACGUUUUCUGUUUGGAGUAAACAAUUUGUUGCCAAACGUUUGUCAAUAGACCAAACGUUUUCCAAUGGAAUCAGACUAAUGAAUACAUCCCUGAUCGUUCAGAACAGCACCGUUUCGGUUUAAUUGAACAUUCCACUAACCUACGGUUUUUCGUUGAAGAGCCAAGAACCAAUUGAAUUACUCAGACUUGAUGGAGCUUGAUGAUGAUGAAGAUUUUGCCUGUAUGAAAGGGCCUUCCAGCAAGAAAGCCCGGGUCCUUGUCAAAGAACCACAGAGAGACAAGGGUCUGCAUCAAUCAAGCAAAUCUUUCGAACUUCAUGAGGUCACAAGUGAGUGGGGAUCCAAUGUCAACCCCUCCAGCCAGAGAUGGGCAGCUGUCAAAGCUAAAGAUCAACAGAGAUCCAUACUGAAAGUGGAGAGGAUCAGCCAGGUUGAGAGUGGGCGGGAGGAUAAGGAUUACCAGCCUACCUGCAUACCACAGAGUUGUAGUCCGACUCCAGCAACAUCAAAGCCUGUGUCAACUCAGAGGAAGCUUGCUGACACUCCCACUUUACCUGUUAGAUCAUCCCCUAUCAGCCCAGUAGGUGGCAGGCUUCUAAAGUGGAAUCCACCAGCACAGAGUGGAAUAAGUCCCAACUCAAUCCUGAAUUCCACCACAAAGUCUCCGGGACAAGGCUUGCGACUGGGAUUGUCCCGCUUAGCAAGGGUCAAACCUCUGCACCCCACUGCUAGUAGUAACUGACUCUUGCCCUAUUAAACAGAGUGAAGUCAGAAUCUCUUUUUCUUUGGUGUACUGUGUGUUUAGCCUGUUACUCUUGUGUUGCAUUGCUAAUAUUGGAGUUCUGUAAUCAUUUUUGUUUAAAUGUUGUAUCUAGUGAUUGCUAUUCAUCAAAAUGUUUCUUUUUUAAACAUUUGUUUCUUACCAUG